CCUAGCUCGAGUCGCUGAACGCCGUUCAGCCUUGGGAAAGACGUUAUCUGCGCGCAUACUCUACCCUUACGGCACGCUUGUACAGAACUGGGCACGAUCUAGUCGGACCUUCAACCGACGCGACGGAUUUGCCGGUGGCCGAAAUGGACCAAGAUCCUCCUCCUUCCACCCAAGUUGUGCAUCGUGUAUUCGUGGACUCCGCGGACCAGCCUCUCAAGGUCUUCGUCGACGCCGCGGUAUUCAACCGUGUCAAGAUUGGACGUACUCUUAAGAAGGGAGGGGCGAACGUCCUACAGGAGAUCAAAGACGCAGAUAUCAUCAUCGUCGACCCUGAUUCGCAGACUGGCGAAAGAGCUGUCGCGGACUGGAGCUCUGAGAAGGCAGUUCUUCAGUCACAUUGGGUACAGCAGUCAGUGCAGCGGGGGAAGGCGUUUCUUGCAAACGAGGAUUGGGGAGGAUUUCUUGCCGCUGCGUCGGUGGAAGGAUCUGUAGCGAGUGACACUGGCCCAAACCAUCUGCCCACGCCUAGGGUCACUCCACCUGACGUGAAGAGUCCUCAAGGCGAACCAGCCAUGCAAAGUCAACACGUCCCAGGGGGCACGUUUCAACCAGCCCAGCCUAUGUCUACCUCUCCUGCCCCUCAAAUACCCCCACAGACACCCCUGCAGAUGCCAACCGGCCAGCCUAUUGGCGGGAUACCCAUGGAGGCUGUCCUUCAGAACUACCCUAACGCCCAAGUUACCCUUCCUGCGUCCGUAGCUGCUGCGCUGUUGGCUUCGUACGCGAGCCAGCAGCAGCAGCAGCAGCAGCAACAGCGAAUGCCUCUUGGAUUUGGCCAAGUGUCCCAAAUGCCGAACCAGAUGCCCAUGGCCAUGCUCCAAGGCCAGGGCUUUCCUCCGCAGGGCAUGCCAUACCUGCAACAGGGCGGGUUCCCCCCGGGCGCUCAGGCUAAUUUCUCACAAAACAUGAUGGGCAUGCCUCCUUCCCAGCCUAUGGUUAUGCAGCCUCCCCUGCAGGGGCAAUACCCCGGUUCCGCGUCGCCCGACAUGCACGGCCGGCGGAAUAGCAGCGUCUCAGCAUCUUACCGGGGCAGUCCUAUGGAUGAGGAUGAGAAGUCUCCUCCCCUCAAGCGAAAGACGAAGUCUGCGGAUCCAUCGGCCUCAGGCGCAGCUCAGAAAAAGGGAAGAACAGGCGAAGAAGGGCGUCCCUCGAAGCAUCGUCGCGUUAGCGAUCCCUACGAGCUCCCGCUACCGUACCCCCACUCCUCUCCGCCGCCUCCUACGCAGUUGCCUGAUACACGCCGAAGGCUCUUCACCAAAGCCAACGGCGAGCCAUCUCAAUUUUGGGUUCCGGUCCCUGUUAGGAAUCGCUUGAAGAUCGCUGAGGCUAUCAAGAGAAACGGCGGUAAGCUGAUACCUGACAUAGCUGUAGCAGACUACGUAAUUUUGGGGAACCCUCUUGAUGCGGAUUGGCUGCGGCAGUCCGCUAACAACGGCAAGGUCCCAGUGAAGGCUGGAUGGCUGUAUGACAGCGUUGAUGAGGGCGAGAUCCUGGACUUCGAGAGGUACCGCUUCGAAGACUUUCAUAUCGUCAAGAAACGUGGUCGACCGUCUCUUUUGGGCGCGCGACAUAUCCUUCAGAGGUCCCCGGCAAAAGGUGACACGACGGAUUCGGAGGAGAGGGAGUCGGAGGACGACGAGGAUGAGAAGGUUCAGAAGUCGACGCCUAUGAACAAGGGGAAAGGGAGAGUCGCGGUGAAGAAGCCGACUAUAGGGAGGCCGGCGAAGCCAGUAAAGACAGCGGAGAAGAAGUCAACUGCAAAAGCUGUAGACCACGACGAGUUCGCGAAAAGCAAAGGCAAGACCAAAGCAAAACGCAAAGCGUCUUCGCCGACACCUACUCAAAGUGGCUAUUGGGAACCGUCCCCGCCGCCUCCGACUCACGUCGCGCCCCAUUUCAGGGGCAAUCUGUACACGAAGGAGGAUGAUGACUAUUGCGACGAGUACAUCCCAAUCCUCUUGAACCGCAAUCCGACCUCCACCCUGUCUCAAAUUGCGGAAAAGCUGUAUGAGAAGAUGCCUCAUCACACCCUUAAGUCCUGGGCGACUCGCAUAUCGCACGCCUCCCGACGCGAGAAGCUAGAGAAGUGGAGACGGCGGGCAGAGAUCCUCAACCGCAAGGUUCGCGAGGAGCGAUCCGCCAAUGUGGAUGCCAGGCAGGCGACCCAUCCCGACGCCAGCCUGUCGGACUCGCCUAUGGCUCAGUCGGCAGGGCUUGAGGAGGAGAGCACCCCUUUUGAUCCGCUGACUCUCUUGGCCUCGUUCUUCGCCGAUGGAUUGGCGGACAAUCUCAGUGACAGCCAAGUGUGGAACACUAUGGCCCAACAGUAUCCGCAAAUGUCCGCUCAAGAAUGGGAAGACUAUUGGAUGGAGCACAGCGAGGCGGUUAACCAGGAGGUCUCGCGCCUGAGUAACUUGCAUGGAACAGAUGAGCACGCCCCGAAGACUGAACCCGAAUGAAGAAUUAAGCCAAUAAGGAGUUCUUAUGCGUUUCGUACAAUGGUGGUAGUUCUGUAUGCCCGACUGUCGUUAUACUGUAUGCCGUCAAAUUCUUAUGUCACUAUGGGCCUUGUUCAUACAACUGC